UUUCCUUCGCUCCCUAACACUUUCCUCCCAUGCCCACAGCAUUGUCUCAUAGACCUCCUCUCUCCAAAGGAGCUGCUCUCCCUCCUCCUGUUCUUCCCAGGACACAAAAGGGCUCCAUUUUCUUGUUGGUUCUUCUUAUUCCAUUAGUACUGUUGCCAGUUGGAGAAAGAUGAGCAUCUCGGUGAAUGGCCAGUCCUGCGUGCCUCCAGGCUUCCGCUUCCAUCCCACCGAGGAGGAGCUCCUCAAUUACUACUUGAGGAAGAAGGUUGCUUCCGAGAAGAUCGACUUGGACGUCAUCCGUGACGUCGAUCUCAACAAGCUUGAGCCAUGGGACAUUCAAGAGAAGUGCAGAAUAGGCUCCACCCCUCAGAAUGACUGGUAUUUCUUUAGUCACAAGGACAAGAAGUAUCCCACCGGCACCCGGACCAACCGCGCCACCGCCGCUGGUUUCUGGAAAGCCACCGGCCGUGAUAAGGUCAUCUACACCAGCUUCAAACGGAUCGGCAUGAGAAAGACCCUCGUCUUCUACAAAGGCCGCGCCCCCCAUGGCCAGAAGUCGGAUUGGAUCAUGCAUGAGUACAGGCUUGACGAUCACUCAGACUCGAACCCCCAGUCCCACGUAGGCCUCUGGUCCCUAGGAGAAGCAACAAGUCAAGAAGAUGGGUGGGUGGUCUGCCGGGUGUUCAAGAAAAAGAACCACCACAAGGCCAUGGACAGUCCUAACAACUGUUCUUCCAUCACCAGCGAUGCCAAGACCCAGAUGAUCCAUUCAGGGAGCGAUGAUGCACUGGACCAGAUCCUCCAAUACAUGGGUAGAUCUUGCAAGCAAGAAAGCGAGGCCAUCAGCAACCACAGCAUGUCAAGCAACCCCAACAACCUCGGGAUAAGAUAUCUCAGGCCGAUCGAGACCACCUUAGGUGCCAGUCUCCAUCAAAGGUUCAUGAAGCUUCCAGCCCUUGAGAGCCCAACCAUUAAUCCAUCGCUCUCCAACGAGUACCACCCACCACCUUCCGACCACCCCUGCGGUAACCAGAUGGGCUACACCCUGGAGAGCAUCCAUGCGGUGGUAAACAUGGACUCGGCCUACCACGCGGAGGCGGGCAUCAACGACUGGGCUGCCCUGGACCGACUUGUGGCGUCCCACCUGAACGGCCAAUCGGAGGCAUCCAAGCAGCUGGCGUGCUUCGACGAUCCCAGCUUCAACUACUGCUCCACAGCUAAACUACCCAACAAUUCCCAGGAUUACAACCACGGCGGCGGCGGCGGCGACGAGGAUCUGUGGAGCUUCACACGGUCGGCGUCGUCGGACCACAUCAGCCACGUGUCUCUAUAACGGAACGGCGCACCAACCCGGACGCUAGAAAAGGGUUACAGAAAGCUGGGGCAAAUCAUUGCUGUCAAACAGUAUUACUUUAAAAGACUGUAUUGAAGAUGUGAAUGUGGUCGCCCUAAAAUAUACCUAAAUAAAGGAGAGAUGUGAGAUGGGAUGGCGUUGUCAAAGACCAUGAUCUCUUGUUUACCAUUGUAUCGGUCUACCUCACCAAUGUUGUUAGGAGAAUAGAAAGCUUUUUUUUA